AUGGACGAAACCCUGGCGGACGACGCGCCGACGUACGAUUGUGUAAUAAUCGGUGCAGGCUACUCUGGGCUCACUGCAGCCAGAACCCUCAAGGACUCUGGCAAAAACGUCUUGGUCUUGGAAGCCCGUAACCGUGUUGGUGGACGCGCGAAAACGAUACCCCUCGACGAUGGCGAAUACUGGGAUGUCGGAGCGUCCUUCAUCGGCGACCAGCAGCACUUGAUGUAUGGCUUGGCAGAAGAAUUCAACGUACCACUCUUCACUGCACCCACGGACGGUAAAAUCGUUUUGGCUUAUCGGGGAAAAGCGCGCGAAUACAGCGGACUUAUUCCACCGAUGUGGCCUUGGGAGGUCCUCGACAUGGGCUUGUUCAUUCACCGGUUUGAGAAGUUGUGUGAGAGUGUCAACCUAGAGGAGCCAUGGCGGACACCGGACGCGGAAAGACUCGAUCGUGUGACAGUUCAUGAGUGGGUGAAGAAAGGGGCAUGGACGCAGGCUACGAUCGACAUGGCGAGUCUGGCGGUCGAGACGACUAUCGGGCAAAACACAUCUUGCAUAUCGAUGCUUCACGCCAUGUUCUUUUUCAAAAGCGUGGUCAAUUUCACAUCGGCGCUCAGUUCAGAGAAUGGAGCACAGAACCAUUUCAUCUGGGGCGGUGGACAAGCCAUUGCCAAAAAGUUAGUGGAGCACCUUGGGGACGAAGUAGUUCAUUUGGAGGAGCCUGUACGGGGAAUCUCGUAUACGGAAAGCGUCGCAACUAUCCGAACAGGAAAAAGCACGUACCGAUCACGACGAAUUAUUUCUGCCAUUCCACCAGGCAACAUCCUCAAAAUCCAUUUCGAGCCGCGAUUACCGAUAGAGAAAACAUCGUUGCUUCAACACAUGCCGAUGGGAACUUUUUCCAAAGUCUACGCAACGUACAAGAGACACUUUUGGCGAGAAAAGGGUCUGACAGGAGAGAGCACGAAUCCGGCCGGUUUCGUCAGUGUAACGUUUGACGCGACGCCACCAUCCGGUCGUCCUAAACUCGUAGGGUUCAUCGCCGGUACGAAAUGUCACAAAUUCAUGAGCUUCAGCAAAGAGCAAAGACGGCAUAUCGCCCUCGCCGGGUUCGCCGCCGCUUUUGGGCAAGAAGCCCUAGACCCGGAAGACUUCUUCUUCCAUAACAUGAUUGAAGAGGAUUGGUCCUUUGGGUGUCCGAUGGCGACACCGGCGCCUGGGAUGUGGACCCUGUUCGGCGAGUGGAUUAGGAAGCCGACUGGACCGAUUCAUUGGGCUGGCACGGAGACGGCGACAAAGCAUUAUGGGUAUAUGGAAGGUGCCGUGUUUGCGGGUCAGAGGGCUGCGAAGGAAGUUUUGGAAGAUCUGAAGCUGGAGGCUUGA